AUGGACGAUGAGAACAUCCUCAACUUUGUCGGCAUUACGUCGUGCGAACCCGACAAAGCAGCACAAUACUUGCGCCUGACAGAUGGCAAUCUUGAGCAGGCCAUACAACUGUUCUUCGACAGCCCAAACCUCGACUUUGGCCCUGCACCCACAUCACAAGCCCCCACUUCAAAUGCUCCACCGUCAGCACAUAAUCCCAUAAACGUCGAUUCGGACGACGACAUGUCCGACUUCGAUCCUACUGCACACACUUCCACUCCGCCAACGCGACAGCCACCAGACACAGAAGAUGACGAGGCCAUGGCACGGCGAUUGCAGGAGGAGAUGUACGGCGGCGGUGGUGGCGGUGGCGGUAGCAGCGGUGCUGCAGGGGGGGUCGAUCCAGAGGAAGUUCGUGCGCCCAUGCAGCGGACGACAGAGACGCUGGUCGGUCCAGAUGCAAACUGGGGGCCGCCAGAUGAGGAUGACAUGAACGACAUGGUGCAGGAGCAGCUGGCACGUAGGAGAGCAGGCCGAGCGGGCAUCUUCAACCAGCAAACCACUCAUACCAACGUCUGGGACAACUCCGCGGAUUCGAGCGCUCGACGACGCGAGCUUGCGACCGCUACGGGCGGUGCUUCAGAGCAGUCGUCCAAGAUGAACAUGCUAGCAGAGCUGUUCCGCCCUCCGUUCGAGAUAAUGUACCAGGGGUCGUGGGAGAAGGCGCGAGACAUGGGCAAAGAGGACGAGAAGUGGCUCAUCGUCAACAUCCAAGAUCCGGCAAUCUUCGACUGCCAGCGCCUAAAUAGGGAUAUUUGGAAGAACGAUGACAUCAAGGCUACUGUGCGAGAGAAUUUCCUCUUCAUGCAGUAUGCCAAGGACGACCCGCGUGGCCAGCAGUACGUCAACUACUACUUCCAUGCUCGGGAUAGCUCAGAUGCAUACCCGCACAUUGCUAUCGUCGACCCUCGAACGGGUGAGCAGGUUAAGGUGUGGUCUGGCCCACCAAUACCGGAACCGGUUGAGUUCCACGCUCAACUACACGAGUUCCUCGAUCGCUACAGCCUCGAUGUUACCGCGAAGAACCCCGUUGCAAAGCGAAAGGCUGAAGCCAAAAAGAUGGACGUCGACCGCAUGACCGAAGAGGAGAUGCUGGAGAUGGCUUUGCAGAAUAGCAUGGAGAACGGCAAGGGGCCCAAGGACGACGAUCCAGACGCGCUCACCAAGUCUUUCGACAAUAUCAAGGGCAAGGCAAAGGCAGAGGAGGCAGCACCGGAACCGAAGCCAGAGCAAGAAGCGAAUGACUCGUCCAAUACUGUAUUCGCCCAAAUCUCAUCGCAUAACCCCCACAAAGAGCCUACCAUUACCGAUCCAAAGAUCACCACCCGUAUCCAGUUCCGAGGUCCCUCUGGACGCCCCAUCGUCCGACGCUUCAAUCUCUCAGAUCCUGUUCGUCACAUUUACGAGUGGAUCAAGUCCGACGCCCCUUGGGACGGCAAGCAAGGUGCUGAGUUUGAUCUAGCCUUCAUGGGUAAGAAUUUACUCGAGCACCUGGACACCACCAUCGAGCAGGCUGGCUUGAAGGGCGCUAGCGUUAUGGUUGAGUUCAUCGAAUCAGAGUAA